AUGAAGUCAGCGAACCGUCAGAGACACUGGGCGGCUAACAUCUCCCUUAGCGAUGGUUUUCAGGACGACGAUAACCACGAUCAAAUCGGUUCGAGUACUCCGAGUCCAUCUGGAAUUGCUACCCCGCAGCCCGACCCGGCUGACAGGCGUCUACCAUCCAUAAUGCACAAUUACUUCCAGGUUGGUAGCUCUUCUGCUGUCAUGCUUCGCUCUCUCAAGACCCGGUUUUCCCUCUCCGAUCCUUCUCCCUCUUCCGCAGACAAUGUACAGCCGAGUGCGCUUUCAAACGGAGCACGCGGUGCCCAAACACCUGGGCACUCUUCCUCGUCGUCUGGGUCUUUUGUCAUGAUGGAGCGCGACGAGGCUCGCCUCGACUCUCCCACCACUCCGCCGGACAGUGAAAUGGAAACCCAGGAGAUUUCGCAAGAAUCUCGCCCUCCCACGGCGCUCCCUACCCCGCCUUGCUCCUCGGCAUGCUCCCUUCUCCAGAAGGAGUCCGAAGAAUCAGACGCGGCCCAAGAUAAAGGAAUGGGUUCUAUAUUCAACACUCUGAAGAAUUAUCUCUCUCCAUCUCGAAGCGUGUCCUGUUCUGACCCCCAGGCACGCCGUCAUACCUCCCAUCCUGUCUCCAGCAUCUCUGACGACCCUGUCCUUGCCUCACAUUUCUCCAAUCCUUCUCUUGCCCAUGCCUCGGAAGCACAUUGUUUGGUGGAGGCUCCCCUUCUGGAUCAUGAGAAAGUACAUGUUUCUACGUCUUCUGAGAACGUCGCGAAGCUAACUGCCAACGUGUCGAACCCUUCGCACUUAAAGAAUACUCCUCCUCACACACCUCGGGCAAUGUCCGACGAAGAUUUGCAACCCAACGGGAAAACUCCCGUACCUCCACCUCGAUCGUCGAACCCAACCCAGUCACCGCCCGAUGAACCCUCAGACCCCGCAGAUGAAAUCACAGGGAAACUCAACGAGGUCUUCCCCUCGUCGAUGGAUACUUCUUCCCCAGCUUCAGGUCCUCCGGUCGCGUCUGUAAAGGGCAAACUGCAUGUUAAGAUAUCGGAAGCGAAAGGACUCCAGCCGGGAUUCGACCCAUACGUUGUCUGUGUCUUUGAGUGGAAUGAAGUAAUCUCAAAGAGCGUCCAGGACGAGGAAAAAGAAUCCUUGAAAAGACAACAAAAGGAACUCGAACAAGCAGAUUUCGACGCCGGACGCCCAAUGGCCAUUCCAAUGAACCGACAGAGUAGCCAUAACAGCGCACUUGAGAACACGGAUCCCAGAGGGCAUGCUCCUGUAACAGACCCCCACUGGAACCAUGAAGCGGUCUUUGAUGUUUUCGGUGAUAAGUCUGAAAUCGAUGUCUCAGUAUAUGACCGCAAUGAUUCAGAAGCUUUCUUGGGCCAUGUGCGGCUCUGCGUUGAUCUCAAGGAAGAUAACAGUCGCUUGGAAGACUGGUUCCCUCUGAAAGGUCGGGCAGCAGGAGAUACUCGAGUUUCGGGAGAGAUCCAUAUGGAGAUGAGAUUUGAGAAGACGGACAAGAAACAGGUCGGGCCGAAUGAUUUCCAAAUCUUGAAGCUCAUCGGCAAAGGAACCUUCGGUCAGGUUUACCAAGUGAAGAAGAAGGAUACUCGACGCAUUUAUGCCAUGAAAGUUCUGUCGAAGAAGGUCAUCAUCCAGAAGAAGGAGGUUGCACACACUGUUGGUGAGCGGAAUAUCCUUGUUCGAACUGCUAUGGCUGCUUCUCCAUUCAUCGUCGGUCUCAAGUUCUCUUUCCAGACCCCCACGGAUCUUUAUCUCGUUACAGAUUACAUGUCAGGAGGUGAAUUAUUCUGGCACCUCCAGAAAGAAGGACGAUUUCAGGAGCCCCGCGCUAAAUUCUACAUUGCUGAGCUCAUUAUGGCUUUGCAACAUCUGCAUGAUCAUGAUAUCGUUUACCGUGAUCUCAAACCAGAAAAUAUUCUUCUUGAUGCGAACGGUCACAUUGCGCUUUGUGAUUUCGGUCUGUCCAAGGCGAACCUCACUCAGAACGAUACAACGAAUACGUUUUGUGGGACUACCGAAUAUCUAGCCCCGGAGGUGCUGCUUGAUGAGCAAGGCUAUACGAAAAUGGUUGACUUCUGGUCACUUGGUGUCCUCGUUUUCGAGAUGUGCUGUGGAUGGAGUCCCUUUUACGCGGAAGACACGCAACAAAUGUAUAAGAACAUCGCCUUCGGCAAAGUUCGAUUCCCCCGUGAUGCUUUGAGCACGGAAGGACGAAACUUUGUCAAGGGUCUGCUCAACCGGAACCCUAAGCACCGCCUCGGAGCCCAGGAUGAUGCAAAAGAGCUGAUGGCGCAUCCUUUCUUCCAUGACGUUGACUGGGAGGCUCUGGGCAGGAAGGAGGUUAUUCCACCUUUCAAACCCAAACUCAAGUCCGACACAGAUACGUCUAACUUUGAUCCUGAGUUCACCAACGCUCUUGAGAACAGCAAUUCGCUGAAUGACCGGGCUGCAGCCCUUGCGAACGGGUUCAUGGCUGCGUCAACACCGCUAUCUCCAGGGAUGCAAGCCAAUUUUCAAGGCUUCACCUUUGUAAAUGAGAGCUCGAUUGAUCACCAUUUCAAGAACGAAGUAGGGGAUCGUAUGGAUGAGGAUUACGAGUCGAUGCAUCGAUCUCACAGAUCUGCGAAUUCUAUAGAUCACCGCAUGGCUGGCGUUCAGAAGACUGGAGACGCGGGUGAGAUUUUCAAUGUUGACGACAAUUUUGACAUGUGA